AAAACCGGCGAGUGGAAAGGGAAAACAGCAGGCGGCUGUCCCAACUACCAUGAUACCUACCGCAACAAUCCGGUAUUUCAGUUUUCAGCUGAAGUCAGCAUCGAUGAGCUCCUCAUCGAACUCAGGGGACCGAAGCUGUACAGUGUUGGCUUCGAUGUUGAGCAGAUCAAAUCGUCUCAAGGUCAUAAGCCGUUUUCCCGCAGCUCUACCGGCGCCUACCGACCGGGAUUCUGCAUCCUUCGUCUAUCAGACGUUCCGGCUGGCGUUUACAACAUAGUGCCUACAACGUUUUUUCCCGGACAGGAAGGCCCAUUUUUUCUAGACAUGUCUGCCAGCUCUGCCUUCGUUCUGAAGCGGAUUCAAUAA